AUGGGACUUUUGUCAAUUUUGUCCUUCUUUUCACUUCCCGUGUUGGAUUCAAGGUUAAAUGCCCCAUCUGAUCCAAAGAGAAAGCAAAAUGUUAUAAACAAAGCUACAACUUCAAAAUGGAACACUUUAGAAUUUAAAUUUUAUUUGGUGGCUUUUUGUAUUGUGGUUCCAAUGUUAUACAAGACUGCAAUGGAUGCAUCAAAUGAAACAAAUCCAAAUUAUCCAAAAUUUGAAAGAUUAUUAAGUCAAGGUUGGAUGAUGGGUAGAAAAGUUGAUAAUUCUGAUGCUCAGUAUAGAUUUUUCAGAGAUAACUUCUUCUUAUUAAGUGCGCUGGUUGCUGGUCAUACAUUACUAAGAAGAGGUGUUUCAUUGGUUAUACCCUCAAUUCAAAGAACUCAAUUUGAUUUUGUCUUUGGUAUAAAUUUUUUAAUUGCAAUUCAUGGGGUCAAUGCAGUCAAAGUUGUUUUACACAUCACAAUCAUCUUCAUACUGGCACGUUUAACUCAAAGUCAUAAUAGGUUAGCAACUGGGCUUUUAUGGACUUAUGGUGUUGGUUCAUUAUUCCUUAAUGAUAAAUAUAGAUCAUACCCAUUUGGUAAUAUUCUACCAUUUCUCAGUUUUAUCGAUACAGGCUUCAAAGGUAUUGUGGCUAGAUGGGAUGUUUUUUAUAAUUUCACAUUAUUGAAAGCUUUGAGUUUCAAUUUGGACUUUAUCAAACGUGCAAAUGAUAUCAAGAUUAGAGCUGAUAAAAAAAGAUCAAAAGAUGAAGAGAAGAAACCAGAUUCAGUUCCAACAACACCACAAGAUGUUGUUACAAAUCUCAUCGUUGAUGAAAGGGAUAGAAUGAAUGCAUCUUUGGAUAUUGAAGAAUAUAGCUUCUUCAACUAUUUUGCCUAUAUUACUUAUGCUCCUUUAUUCAUUGCCGGUCCAGUUGUCACUUAUAAUGAUUUCAGAUGUCAAGUUCACAACUCCUUACCUUCAAUCAAUGCUAAAAGAACAUUCAUCUACGGUUUAAGGUUCUUAUUCUGUGUUUUGGUUAUGGAAUUCUUAUUACAUUAUAUGUAUGUUGUUGCAGUCUCUAAAACUGGAGCAUGGGAAGGUGAUACUCCAUUUCAAAUUUCCAUGAUUGGAUUGUUUAAUUUGAAUAUUAUUUGGUUGAAAUUGUUGAUCCCAUGGAGAUUAUUCAGAUUAUGGAGUUUGAUUGAUGGUAUUGACCCUCCAGAAAAUAUGAUUCGUUGUAUGGAUAACAACUAUAGUGCUCUUUCAUUUUGGAAGGCAUGGCAUAGAAGUUUUAACAAAUGGGUUGUUAAAUAUGUCUAUAUCCCAUUAGGUGGAGCUUCGAAUAGAAUCUUGGCUUCAUUAGCUGUUUUCUCAUUUGUUGCUAUUUGGCAUGAUAUUGAAUUAAAACUUUUAUUCUGGGGUUGGUUAGUUGUUUUGUUCUUAUUACCUGAAUAUUUCGCAUCAACAUAUUUCAGAAAAUUUUCAAAUGAAUGGUGGUAUAGACAUCUUUGUGCAAUUGGAGGUGUUACUAAUAUUUGGUUAAUGAUGAUUGCUAAUUUGUAUGGGUUCUGUUUGGGUCAAAAAGGUACACAAGCACUACUAAAUGAAAUGUUUGGAACUUUUUCAGGUAUAAGAUUCUUUGUUGUCGCUAAUAUAAGUUUGUUCAUUGCUGUCCAAGUUAUGUUUGAACUACGUGAAUCUGAAAAAAGAAGAGGUAUUGAUGUGAAAUGUUGA